AUGAAAUUGAUCUAUAUUCUCGUAUUAUACAUUUAUUUAAAUAUAACUGAUGGUUUACCACAAGUACGUGUACGUCCACAAACAGCUGUAAUACCAUCAUCAUCUGAAGCACAUUUAAUAUGUGAAAGUAAUGAUACACCAUUUAUAUCUGUUUCCUAUUGGACUCAUGUUGGUCAACGUAUUGAAUUGAAUCCAUCUAUAAUUGAAAUGCAUGAAAAUGAAUUACGUAUAUUUCAAUUUGGUGAUACUGCAUAUACACAACCAGGUGCUUAUGCCUGUGUUGUUUCAACUCAAUAUGGUCUAUUGGAAAGUGAACCAGCUAUGUUAAGUUUACCAACAUUGGAUCCUUUUAAAACAGAUAUCAAUGAAAAUAAUGUUAUGAAUUUAACUGAAGGAAAUAUUGCUGUUAUACCAUGUGAAUUACCUAAUGGAAAUCCUCGACCAAUACCAUUAUUUACUUUAGAUAAUAAUCCUAUACAAAUUGAAUCUAACUCAAAUCGAUAUAAAAUUUUACCUAGUGGAAAUUUACAUAUUAUUGAUAUAAAUCAAUCCGAUGCAGGAAAAUAUCGAUGUUCAGCUAAAAAUUCCUUAACCGAACAAAUUGUAAAUAAUAGUCAAAUAACAACAUUACAUGUUUUAAAGAAACCUUUAAAUGAUAAAGAUCGUUUACCAUUAACGACUGUAUAUAAACCACCUGUUGCUUCCAGAGUUUUGGUUGGAAAUAAUUUUUCUAUUGAAUGUGUUAUUGCUGGUUGGCCAAAACCAAAUGUUGAAUGGGAAAAAUAUGGAGAUGUAUUACCAGAUAAACGAAAUCAAGUUUUACAUGGUACUUUAUAUUUAUAUGAUAUACGAAUGGAUGAUCGUGGAACAUAUAUUUGCCGAGCAACAAGUUCAACUGGACAAUCUGAUAUAGCUUAUACUGCUUUAUUAGAAGUUUUAGAACCACCAAAAAUUAUUCAACGUCCGGAUUCCGUGAUUCAAAUAAAUCAAGGAGAAAGUGUACCGAUUAAAUGUGGAUUUCGUGGUCGACCUGAACCAAUAAUUAGUUGGUUAUAUAAUGGAGAAGAAAUUAUCAUUAAUGGAUCACCUAUUACAGGCGGUAUUCUAUCUCUCAAUCAAGCUAAAGCAGGUAUUUAUCAAUGUAUUGGUCGAAAUCCAUAUGGUAUUGCACAAGCAAGUACUGUACUUAUUCUUCCGAAUAAUACCAAAUCUGAAAAAAAAUUGGAUCAAGAAGUUCCAUCGAAGAAAUCUUUAAUUGUUAUUGGACCAAAUAAUAUAACUGUAUUUGAAGGGGAAACAAUUCAAUUACAUUGUUUAACUCAAACAGGUUCAACUGUUCAAUGGUUACAUAAUAAUGAAAUGAUUCAAUUAAAUUUAAUGCGUCGUUAUGAAAUGCUUCCAUCCGGUGGUUUACGUAUUGUAUCAGCACAAAAAUCUGAUAGUGGAUUAUAUGAAUGUGUUGCAUCGAAAAUUGGUUUUGGAACAAAUACAGCUAAAUGCUAUGUUCAUAUACAAGGUUUGGGAGUGAAUGUUCCUGAAAAACAAACUCAUCCAUCAUCAUCAUCAUCAUCAACUCGUGGAGCAUCAAAACUUGAAAUAAUUGAUAUAAAUCAAAUAAGUAAUAAUGUUGUUGAAAUAAUUUGGAAAACUAGUGAAACAGUUGAAGCUAAUAUACAAAUUCAAUAUCGAUUAAUUUAUCCGAAAACUUCAUGGAUAACAGAUAAUCAAAUCUAUAAUCAAUCCGUUACUCACGGUAUUAUUUCAAAUCUUGAAAUUGAUCAAGUUUAUAAAUUUCGUGUAACUGCUUUGGAUACAAAUGGAAAACAAAUAAUGUCUAGUCCAACAAAACGAUAUAUAGUUAAACCUUCGAACCAAUUAAAUCUACCAAUGCCACAAAUAACGGAUGCUUGGAUAACAGCAGAUGGACAUAUUAGUUUAAAAUGGAAAAUAAAUGAUUCUGAUAGUGAAUUAAUUGAUGGAUUUAUUAUUUAUUAUCGUUUAAUAAAUUCCAAAAAUGUAAAUUAUACAACAAUAACAAUACCAAAUUUACGUUAUCCAUUAAUUGAUACAUAUACAAUAUCAUCACCAAUAGAAACAAAUGAAAAAUAUGAAUUACGUAUGGCUACUUAUUCAAAUCGUGGUUUAAGUUCAAUGAGUAAUUCAAUUGAAAUAUCAAUUCCAUCAUUUACUACUGAACGUCGUUCAAAUAAUAAUCCAAAAGAUUCCAUGAAAAAUCUUGAUGAAAUUCUUGAAAAUAUAACUAAAAUAAGAAAUCCAACACAUAUUCUACAUGAUUUAGCGACACCAUCACAAGUAUCAUUAACAUCAGGACAAAAAAAUUCUGAUAUGCUUUAUUUAACUAUUGGUAUUAUUGCUGGAAUAUUAUUAAUUUUAAUUAUCAUUCUUAUUGUUAUGUGUAUAUUAAGAAUAUUUCAACGUAAAAAAUUUAUCGCUCAUGUUAAAUCUGUAAAUGGAUCAGAAUUUUAUUGUGAUGGUUUACAUAAGAGUUUAAAUCCUGAUUAUGCAACAACACCUUGUCUACAACAUGGAGUUGUUGCUGUUGAUGGAAAAUUAAUACCAUUUGCUUAUCCAACAAAUUCAAAACAAACUAUUCUUUGGAAUGGACAAACAGCUAUACCACAUAGUUCAACAACAACAACAACAGAUAAUGGUACGAUAAGAUUAAAUCCAAAUCCAAUGAAUCGUUUAGAUAAUGAAAAGACAACUGAUACACAAGAUAAUUUUUAUCAUACUUUAACACCUUAUGGUCCACAUAGUCAAUAUGAAGAACAUUCAUGUGCAUUUAAUCAGCCAAGUUUAUUUGGUUAUACAAGUGAUCGUUCGAAUGUAUCAGCAUGUCCAAUACAUCAUCGUAUGAUAACUUAUCCAUCCGAUACAUUUCCUUUAAAAACAACUUUGAAUAAAUCAGAUAAUUCAACAAAUAAAAAAGUAAAUGGUAUUGUUUUAUCCUCACAAACAAAUGGAACACCAUUUCAUCAAUAUCAUCAUCAUCUUCUUCAUCAUGGAACAUGUCAACGACAUAUAAAAACCAAACCAGUAACAACAUCAAAUGUUAAUGAAAAUGAUCAACAACAAGAUUUAUGUGAUCGAAGUUUUUCAUCAUCAUCAGCCGGUGGUGGUGGUGGUAGUAGUGGACAUUAUUGUACGCAUUUAUCAAAUGAUUCAACACGUCCACUGAUUAAUUCAAUACCACAUCAACAAACAAAUGAUAAUUCAGCGCCAACAAGUACAGGCUCAUCAUCUCAUUCAUCAAGUGGUAUUGGUUCAUCUAUUGAAUCUCCUUAUAAUCAUUGGAAAUAUUUAACACCUUUAUCUGUUACAACAAUACACAAUGAUACGAAUAAUCUUAUGUCAGAUAAUAAAAUAUUAACAUCAUCGAAAGAACAUUCAUUAACAACAAAAAUGUCUGAGCCAAUAACAAUCUCAUCGACUUAA